AUAACAUCCCCAAAUUCUCUAAUUUUAGCAGUGGUAUUUUGAAAUCACACACCGGCAGGGCUUUGCUUUUUCCGAUUUGUAUUUUUGUGUAUCUUGAUAUUGUGGGGGGAAAAAAAACUAUGCGAGUGCCCCCCCCCACUGCUACACCUGUCGUCUAUCUAAUCAUCUGUUGGGGGGGGAUCAAGAGUCAAGGAGCCCGGGUGUAGCUGUCACGCGCACAGUUGCAUUUGGAGCUGCCAUGGUCAUGAUCACCAUCAGCCACACCUACCGCUGAACAUUUCACUGACAUGCCCCCCCCUCCUCCUCAUCCUGCCAUUCUGAUGUCCAGCCCUUGCCUCAAGACUUAAAAACGUAACAAUCAAGCAAGUCCUCUGCGCGGUGUCGAGUUGAUGGUCAAGUCAUACAACAGUUGUCCAGUUCUUUGCACUUUCUGUACACUGAAGAAAAUGGGGAAGCUAUUGUGUAGUAAGCCACAAGUUAUUCCUCCAGUCAUCCCCGACCUGUUCUUAGAGACGCCCUUGGUGCCGCCCCUGCCCUCCUUGUCCUCUGGGCAGGCCGGCCCUGCCGCACAGAGGUCCCGGAGGCGCAGCAGCAGUAGCAACAACAACAGCGACGACAGCGCAAGCGGGCCCCGGCCCUCACGCUCAACCCCAGGGCCAGGCCGCGUCAAAGGCACCAUGGAGGUGGGCAUGCGUGUGGUGCGAGGGCUGGACUGGAAAUGGGGAAACCAGGAUGACGGUGAGGGUCACGUGGGCACCGUGGUGGAGAUUGGGCGGCAGGGCAGCACCACCACACCGGACAAGACGGUGGUGGUGCAGUGGGACAGUGGCACGCGCACCAACUAUCGCACCGGCUACCAGGGAGCCUAUGACCUGCUGCUGUACGACAACGCUCAAAUUGGGGUGCGUCACUCCAACAUCAUUUGCGAUAGCUGCAAGAAGCACGGCAUCAUGGGAAUGCGCUGGAAGUGCAAGGUGUGCUUCGACUACGACCUGUGCACGCAGUGUUACAUGAACAACAAGCACGACUUGAGCCAUGCUUUCGAGCGCUACGAGACGGCACACUCCCAACCAGUGAGCUUGGCACCGAGGCAGAAUCUCCCGCGGAUCAUCCUCAAAGGAAUCUACCAGGGGGUCAAAGUAGUCCGCGGACCCGAUUGGGAUUGGGGCAAUCAAGACGGAGGGGAGGGUAAGGUUGGGAAGGUUGUGGAUAUUCGUGGUUGGGACACAGAGUCCGGUCGCAGUGUGGCCAGUGUCACCUGGUCAAAUGGCACAACCAAUGUCUACAGAAUGGGCCACAAGGGCAAGGUGGACCUGAAAUACGUGUCCGAUGUCCAAGGAGGCUUCUACUACAAAGACCACCUACCAAAGCUUGGCGAACACGCAGAGCUUCAGCGUCAGGAGAGCGCCGACGGCCACUCUUUCCAGCAAGGGGACAAGGUCAAGUGUCUCCUGGAGGUGGACAUCCUGCGGCAGAUGCAGGAGGGUCACGGAGGCUGGAACCCCAAAAUGGCAGAGUACAUCUGUCGGAUUGGGACGGUCCACAGAAUCACAGACCGGGGUGACGUCAGAGUCCAGUACAGCAACAACAUCCGCUGGACUUUCCACCCUGGUGCCCUCACUAAGGUGAACACUUUUGGAGUGGGCGAGCUAGUACGAGUAUUGGAGGAUAUGGACAGUGUGAAAAGACUGCAGACCGGCCAUGGAGAGUGGACAGACAGCAUGGCUCCUGCCCUUGGCCAGGUGGGGAAGGUUUUGAAAGUGUAUGCAGACGGUGACCUGCGCGUUGCCUUCGGAGGCCAGACAUGGACGUUCAACCCGGCUUGUCUCAUGGCGCAGCCCGUGGAGGUGGACGCCAACCUCAUGACGGCCGAGAACCCCAGCGAAUCCGGAAGUACUGUCAUUUCAGUGUUGGAGAAGCUGCUGUCUCAGUCCACGGAGCAGGACAACCCCAGUCGGCUGGUCAUUGAGGCGGCACACGGCAGUGCCAAUAAAGUCCGGGAGCUGGUGCAGAAGUAUCCCGACAAGGUGGAUAUCAAAAACCAGGGCAAGACAGCGCUGCAGGUGGCAGCCCACCAAGGCCACAUGGAGGUGGUAAAGGCCCUUCUGCAGGCCAACAGCUCCAUUGAGGUCAAGGAUGAGGAUGGAGACACCGCCUUGCACUACACAGCCUUUGGCAAUCAAGCAGAGAUCGCGCGACUGCUGCUGAGUAAAGGAGCCAACGUGAACCUGCUGAAUAAUUCCAUGUGCACGGCGCUCCACAUCGCGGUCAACAAGGGCUUCACGGACGUGGUGCGUGUGCUGGCGGAGCAUGCGGCCGACGUCAACCUCCAGGAUUCGUAUGGGGACACGCCGCUCCAUGAUGCCAUUGCCAAAGAUUUUCGCAAUAUCAUUGAAAUCUUGGCUGUGGUGCCAAAUAUUGACUUCACCCAGCAGAACAACCGAGGCUUUAAUCUGCUCCACCAUGCAGCCCUCAAAGGAAACAAGCUAGCCACAGAGAAGAUCCUGGCCAGGGCACGACAGCUGGUGGAUGUUAAGAAAGAGGAUGGCUUCUCUGCGCUGCACCUGGCUGCCCUCAACAACCAUCAUGAAGUGGCAGAGAUCCUCAUGAAGGAGGGCCGCUGUGAUGUCAACAUCCGCAACAACCGCAAUCAGACGUCGCUGCAGCUGGCGGUAACACAGGGCCACAGUGAGCUGGUGCAGCUUCUUGUGGCCGAAGGCGCAGAUGUCAACAUAGAGGACGAGGACGGAGACACAGCGAUGCACGUGGCCCUCAGCCGCCCACAGCUGGCCAACACCAUGCUUGGACCCGCCGUGGGCACCAGCAGCACUGAUGAGGGUGGAGAGAGCUCCUCCUCGCUCUAUUGCACGCUAAGUGGCACAGGUCUUCUGGGGAAUACAGAGCUGAAUGUGGGUGCAGCCAUUGCAUGUUUUCUUGCACAGGAAGGGGCUGACAUUAACUAUGCCAACCACAAGGGCAAGAGUCCAAUGGACCUAGUGGCAGACAGCGCUGUGUCACAGCUCAUUAAGAACUUCUCUGAGAAACACAGGUUGCAGCGCUUGCAGGCCAUCACUUGUGGACAGGGCCUGAGCAGCGCCAGCCUGCGGAGGGUCCACACCACACCCAACACCAUGACCAACCUGGUCCUGCCAACCCCACCGGGUCCGAGCGAGUGCCUCAUCUGCUCUGAGCUGGCUCUGCUCGUCCUCUUCUGCCCCUGUCAACACAGCGUGGCUUGUGAAGAGUGUGCCCAUCGAAUGAAGAAAUGCAUUAAAUGCCAAGUCACAAUCACCAAGAAAAUCAGACAAGACCAGACAGAGGUGGACUGCAGCCCGGGAACGGAGAAUUCGGAGCAACACAACCUGCUGGAGCAACUGCAGUCUCGCUACCGUCAGAUGGAGGAGCGCAUCACCUGCCCCAUCUGCAUUGACAACCACAUCAAGUUGGUCUUCCAGUGUGGACACGCCUCCUGUAUCGACUGCAGCGCUGCGCUGAAGACCUGCCCGAUCUGCCGGCAGACCAUCCGUGAGCGUAUUCAGCUGUUUGUCUGACCGCAGGUUUCUCGUAGCUCUCAUAAACCCCCCUUAUGAGGAUCGCUGGAGUGGGCUGGAAAGUGAAAGGCUUUGGAUGAAGAGGGGCAGCUGUUACCAUUGGACGUUACGUGACAGUUAGGCUAGCCACUGCUGUGCGCCUGCCAAUCCCACCUUCCUGCUCGGUUUUCCUUUGUGAUGGGCCACUCACUGAGCUGCUGGUCACUUUAAUUUAUGGGUCUGUGUUACAUUUACAUUACAGAGAGCUAGACAGAGUUAAAGCAGCUCUUUUCAGUUUUUGGUGUGAAUUUGUUAACAUUUUCAGUUGUCUCCCUCUCGAGCAGCACCGGGCACCAACACGCUGGCCACUUGAUUUUCAUCGCUCAAUUCCAUACAGGAAAAGCUGCUGAAAGCAUUUCGGCGAGCUCGAUGCAAAGCAUCAGAGCUGGAGGUGUACGAAGUCAAACUACUGCGCUGCAGCCUCACAAACUCUUUAACGUAUUUGCCAGAAAGAGGUUUGUACAAAUAGAAGCUUACGAAAGGAUCUUUGCCCAAAACCCUCCAACCCAUACACACCUUGCUUACAAAUUCCUUUAUCUUUGCCUGUUAUCCUCACCUACUUUUCUGCCUGUCUUGCCUCCCCUGUUUACAAGACGUCAGAGUAAACGUCUGACGUCGCGCCCUCUCCAGCCCCUGUAUAUCCUGUGAAUUAUGUUUGCCGUCUCAUCAGUAUCAGUCUUUGUAAUCAGUGUUAGUCUCUGGAGAGGGUUUUGCUAUAACUAAAGGCUCUAUAUAUAGUCCCCAACCACUCGUCUGUAUGCAAGUGGAAAUAAACUAACGUUAUAUAUGCAUGACUAUAUGCAUAUUGUAAAGCUGAAAAUGACUGUCUCGUUAUGGGUGAUUUUUUUUCUUCCUGAAUUAACAUUUGUGGUUUUUAAUGUACCAGUGAUUAGUACAGAUUUUAUUUAUGUGUGAAAGGUGUUUAUGCUUAGUAAUUAAUUUCUUUUAUUCUUCAGAUGUUUGCUUGGCAAAAAAAAAAGAAGAAGUUCCGUUUCUACCUAAAUUCACCCCAAGCCUAUGUCCUCUACUCAGGGUAUCAAAUCAUUGAAAGCACUUGAUAUCCACAUAUUUUGUGAUAUCCACAAAAAGGUUAUAGAAGACCCCCUUUUCUGACCAUCUCUCUGUAUGUUCCCUAAAGGAGACACAAGUCGAUAAUGGGUCAUAAUGUUGUGCAAAGUAACUCAAAAGUGUUGUACAGAAGAUAUUUAAUUCACGCUAACCCCCAAAUUUGAUUUACAUUUGUGAAAUGAAUGUCUCAUUAAAAGGACCAUAUAUGGUCUCUGCAACAAAAUCAAAUUUCCUGACGCCAUCAUCAACACACUUGUAGGCACUGCAUCUACUGCAUAUUGCACAGAAAGCAAGAUGGUGACAAGGCCCGCCUCGGAAACGCAGUUCUGACCAUGGCUCAACUUAAGUGAAGUUGUAUUUCACAUUUGGGGAGUUAAUGCAUUUAGCAGGUUUAACGGGAAGAAACUUUGCGUUCUAUUACUUAUCGAACACAUGCAUUAGAAAACGUGGAAUUAGAGGCCCACCUCACAUCUGAAGUUACCUGCCCACCAUCUUAGUGGAGGCCGUUUAAAAGAUAUCACCUUUCUCUUGUCUGCGGUUUUGGCAAGUGUUCUGGAUUGUAUAUCCUUCUCAGUGUUUUGGUUUGUUUUCUCGAAGGGCUUAUGCAUAUAAGAUAAAAAACAUAUCUAUUUUAAUCUUUAUUUAAUUUUUCUAUGAUUUACAAAAAAAACUUCAAGAGGCAGGAGUUUUUUUUUUCUCCCAGCAGAUCCUAAAAUUUGGGAGAGCCAAUGUCAAGAUGUACAUUUGAAUGUCAGAAAAAAAAAUGUAUCUUGUCUCACUCUGCCUUCUGUGUGGAAAUGCUGUUGUAAGACAACUAGAUAGGGAGAUGAAGAUGUCUUUACCACAAGGUAUACUUGGAAGAAAGUACUACAUCAGUGCCAAAAUUGCAUGAGGUUGUGCAGAGGAGCGCACGUCGUAGUUAUUCGAGACGCACUACGCCCAGCCCCAGCCCCCGCUUUAUGUGAUGUCUAGGGUAUUUGUAAAGCAGUCAUUUUAGAAAAACAGAAACCAGCAACUCAAGUAUACACAAGUCAUUGCUCUGUAAAGUUGCAGACGGACGGCGGAGAGCAGGCUAAGUGACAGGUCUUACAGGUGGUUGGAAGACGAUGUACUGACACUUAGCUGUUGUUUGCUCUAACUCUGUAGUGCUCUGAAUCCCCCCCCCCCCCUAGUCAUCUUCCAGAGGACAACACUGGCGUAUAGUUUCAGAAAUGUUAUUAAACCCAUAUUUUUUUAGCUUUGGAUUACUUUAUUUUUUUCGAAACGCAAUCAAGGGACAGAUUUUGAGAUUGUCCGUUGAGUUGGGUCAAGUUGUAAGGUCACAGGCGAAGGCAAUAAUGUGUAUAAGAAUUGGAGCCUUUCCUGAAGCAGAUCACUAUGAGAGGAACCUCGUCGGUAUAUAAAGAUGCUAUUGAAGCGACAAAGCUACAGAUGUUACUGUUUGGUGUUUGUACAGUACAGCUUUGGAUUCUGAUGCUGGCCUUACUGUCCAUUCCUCCUGUUAUUUUUGUUUUUUUUUCUUUUUUCCAGUUAUGUUCUGUACAAAAAUAUUUUGCAAUAAAUUUGGAAGUUUUUUU